AGGUCAUCUUAGCUGUUGCCAUAGUAACUCUUGUAGCAAGCCAAGAUAAUCAAGAAACAGGACUGUAUCAUGGCUGUUGCACUUUCCAAUUCACCAAGAAGUUCCCCUACAUUCUCCAGGAAGUCAGGAGUGGUCAGCAUUACAUCUCCGGCCCUCAGAGACUCUGCACGGCUGGCAAAGCAUGCAGUCCUGCCCCCCAUCACCAGUCUCCCUCCCAGUGGGAGAUCUUCCGGGAUAUCGGGCAGAGAUGAGGAGUCCUCCGCAAAUCCCUUUGUGAUACCACCCACUAGUGAAGUGUUCACACUGCGAGAGAGGGAGAGACUACACAACAAGCAGGAGAGGGCCAAGGAACGGAAACUCAAGGCACAUGAGAAAACCACAUACUCCUCAAGACUGAAUAUGAAAAUGGGCUUGAUUCGUAAAGAGGUCCUCACUCCUGAAUCAUCAACUAGCGGAGUUGACAAAGAGUCUGGCAUUCAUGAAGACUCUCAAUUUGUGUUGGCCACCACUAAAGACAGGCACAUUGAAAAGGAAGACCUGGUCACCUUCGUUGGAAGAAAGAGAGAGAUGUUUCUGGUCCAGUACGCACUCGGAGUCAAGAGGGAAGAGAUCAGAAAACUGGAAGAAAUAGCAAAGACUGAGGAGAGGAAGUUGGAGUCUGCCGAGAAGUACUUAGAGGAGAGUGCCACCAUGUUUGAUGAGUUCCUCAAGGAGAAUGACAAAAAUGCUGUAGAAGCUAUCAAAAUGGCCGAGGCAGCUACUAAGGCCAAGCUGGAGAAAGUUGCAGAAAUUAAGCGUCUCAAUGCUCAUCUGGUUGCCACAAAGAAUGAAAUAUCACGGAAUAGUGAAAAUCUAACUGAGCUGCAUACCUACAAGACGUUCCUGGAUAAUCUGGAGCCCCCAGGCAGUAGGGAGCCGAGUGCAGCAGCAGCCUCAAGACUGGACCACGCCCAUGACGAGACAACAGGGUUCCACUUCUCUGACCCGAGUCAACUCAUCAGUCUGUUCACAGAGCUGGAGGAACAGAACCUGUCACUCAUUCAGAAUAGUCAGGAGACAGAGGAGACACUCGAAGACUUGAGGCAGAACAAGACGAUCGUGGAGAGGAAAAUGGAUCGAGAGAUUGAAAACCUGCGUAAACAAAUCAAACUGCUUAAAGGCGGAGUGUCUAGAGAAGAGGAGAAAGCUAAUGACCUUGAGACAAAGGCAAAAAUGUAUUUUUACGGUGAGUACAACGCGGAGGACCAGGAGGAGAGGUUGGAAAAACUGGGCAAAAAAGUUGCCGAUGUGUACACAAAAUGCAUUGGACCGAAUGAUGCCAAUAUACCGUCUAUCCAGAUGUUGGCAGCCAUUGAGGGUAAACUGGAGGAGCUGUUUGAGGCAAUAGAGACCCUACCAACAGAUAAGGUGGAGGCUGCAGAGAAGGCUAAAGAAAAAGAGCGUAGAAUGAGACAGCGAGAGAAUAAGCUAGAGGAGCAGCGAUUGGCCCAGGAGGAAAGACUGAGGAGAGCUCAGGAGAGGGCACAAGCAGGCCCAAAGAAAAAGACUGGACGCAGACUAGUGUAUCGCUCUGAGCCACCCAUACUCAAAAAGAAACACCAGGACAAGGAUGAAAAGAAAGAACGAGAAGAAGAGGAAAUGCAAUACUUUUUCUCAUGAACAUUACCAUUUCUCAGCAUCUAUAAUUAUUAUACGUGUUUUUAUUCCAUCCCAUCCAUGUGAAUUAUUGAUAAAAUUAUUUCAUGAAAAAGCUCAA